UCCAGCAGCAGCGGCGGCGGCGGCGACGGCAGCAGCUCCAUGUCGGGAGAAGGUUGCGUCCAGCGGCAGCAACAGCCCUUGCGAAAAAGCAGGAGCCGGCGGAGACAGCGGCUGCUACCCCCCUCCGGCGGGGAGCUGGGCGUGCAGCAUCUCGCAGGACCGGCGCUCAUCUGCGCGCAGCCCUCCCCCUCCGCUCCCCCCCGCCCCGCUCCCGCCUGCCGAGCGCUCUCCCGGGGUAAGUCCGGAGCGGAGCGGGAGCCGGGGCUGCCCGGCAGGAGCGCUGCCCACAGCCCGCGCUCCGGGAGCCGGGGGAGGCGGCAGCGCCCCGCCGCCCCUCUGCAGUACCCAGAGGAGGGAGGCGGCGGGCUGCCGGGGAGAGCGCAGCGUGUGCGGGCUGCCUUCUCCUCUGGCCGGCCGUGCGCCGCUCCGGUGGGCGAGCGGAGGGCGCGGGCGGCCGCCCGGGCCGGCGCCCAUCGCCCGCUGCAGCCCGAGGCGGCGCUGCGGCCGCCGGGCCGAGCCCGGGGCUCCCGCAGGGCCUCCCGGAGCCGCCGUGCCGCGGAAGGAAGGCGAGGGGUCGGGCUGUGGGGGGCACGGCUGCGGUUCUCCGGGGCAGGGACCGGAACGCUGAGCGGCAGGGGAAGGGGAGCUCUGGCAGAAGCUAUUGCGACAUUGCAAAUUUUCCAGAAUGCCUGUGGAGAUAGUCUUGGACCGGCCAACAUGCUGGAGGUUCAUUAAUAGCAGUAUCACAGGAGUCUUACUCCCAGAUGUGAGACAUGAAAGGAGAACCUGGGCAAGUGUCCUUCCUACUGUGCUAAAUGCUGAUAGCCUUUUGGAGCUGUGCAAUGUGAGAAUCACGCGUGGGGAAGGAGGCUGGGGUAUGAGAGUGAACUUUGGUUCAUGGUUCUUUGGCUUCUGCUGUCAUAGCAACUGGAUACAAAACUGUCAGUCUCAUAGUAAAAGAUUAAAAUUUGCCUACCCAAAGAA